AUGGAUCGCGAUGGCCGAUCCUCUGUUUCAGAAGCUCUUCAAACGGCUUCUUUCUCUUGCCCUGUUUCUUAUGUUGUGAGGUGCUCCACUGCCAAAGAAGCGAAUGAUUCUAACAAGCAGAGGUAUGUUAACGUUAAUGGCAAUUUUAUUGGUUCCAUUUCAGAAGCUUCUUCGAGAUCUUUGAAUGCCUCUGUUGCGGAAAAUGGGUGUGUUGUUAAUGUUGUUCGACAGAAAAUUCCUACGAAGAAGCAGCUGGUUGAUACUCAUCGGCAAGGGCUGAUCAUCGAAGGAGGUGUUGGGUAUAGACAAACUGUUGUGAUUCGAUCGUAUGAAGUUGGUCCUGAUAAGACUGCAACUCUGGAGAGUGUAAUGAAUCUUCUGCAGGAAACAGCAUUGAAUCAUGUUUGGAUGUCUGGACUCCUCAGCAAUGGCUUUGGGGCCACCCAUGGCAUGAUGAAGAACAAUCUCAUCUGGGUCGUUUCGCGAAUGCACGUCGAAGUCGACCACUAUCCUAUAUGGGGGGAGAUUGUUGAUAUCGAUACAUGGGUUGGAGCAUCGGGUAAAAAUGGAAUGAGGAGAGAUUGGCUAAUAAGAAGUCAGGCAACCGGUCACGUUUAUUCUCGAGGUACAAGCACAUGGGUGAUGAUGAACCAGCAAACAAGACGCCUCUCAAAAAUGCCAGACGAGGUAAGGGCAGAGAUUUCACCAUGGUUUAUAGAAAAGCAUGCUAUCAAAGAAGAUGCCCCUGAGAAGAUUUCCAAGCUUGAUGACAAAGCCAAGUACAUGAACUCUAACUUGAAGCCAAAGAGAAGUGAUCUGGACAUGAACCACCAUGUCAACAAUGUCAAGUAUCUAAGAUGGAUGCUGGAGACGAUACCUGACCAUGUUUUGGAGUCCCUUCAACUGUCUAGUAUCAUAUUAGAGUAUAGAAGGGAAUGCGCAAGCUCUGAUAUAGUUCAAUCACUAUGUGAGCCAGAGAAUGAUGGAAUCCUCAGGGAUAUGGACAUGAUAGAAGAUAAUGAAAUCAAUAUCCUACAUGGGUUUUCCUUGGCAUCUGAGAUUCUCAAAUGUGGUGGGCUGUUGGGAUCUUAUAACCAAGGAGCAUUGAGGUAUACACAUCUACUACAAAUUGAAGGGGAAGCUAAGAAUGAAGAGAUAGUGAGGGGAAGAACCACAUGGAAGAAGAAGCUUACCACUAUACCAUUUUCCACACAGUAAAUAUCAUGUCUAGCAGUCUCGUGCCUCUUUACGAAGAAGACAACACACCAACAACGCAACAUUCCUCCAAGCAAAAAGGAUUAUUCAUAGUCUUGUUGCUUUGCUUCACAAGGGAGUUCAUCAGAUGGAGCUGCUCCUGCAAAUGUAAUAGAAAUGACAGAGCAUCCCUUCAAAGAGGUCAAGAAACUGUGUAAACAUAAGAGAAACAAUGUAAGUUCUUUCCGUAAGCUUAUCCUUCUUAUAUAUGUAUAUGUUUUUUUCAAGAGAUUCUAAUGCCUACUGAAUCCAGCUGAUUCUGAACUCAGCAUUCUGUGCUUUGGAA